GAGUGAAAACAAAACAAAACUAACACGUGCAACUCACUUUGACGGGAUAGGAACUGUUGCCGAUUUUAUUUGUUUAAUUGCAUUUUUUAAAUAAGAAUUUAAUAAAAUAUAACUUUACAAAAUGGUUAAGAAGAAAAUUGAUAAUCGCAUUCGUGUUAUGAUUGAGAAUGGCGUGAAAUUGGGACAUCGUACUAUGUUUAUUAUUAUCGGUGACAAGGCUAGAGAUCAAGUGCCCAUACUCUAUGACAUUUUGACCAAGUCCACAGUAAAAGCUAGACCCUCAGUUUUGUGGUGCUACAAGAAUAAGGAUGAGGCUAUUUCCAAUCAUGGCAAGAAACGUGCCAAGAAAAUAGCUGCUGGUAAAAUUGACAUCAACGAUGCCGACCUGUUUGAUACCUUCCGGGUGUCGACCACAAUUCAUGGUCGUUACUAUUCCGAGACACAUGCCAUAUUGGGUAGAACUUAUGGUGUUUGCGUUUUGCAAGAUUUUGAAGCUCUAACACCAAAUUUAUUGGCUCGUACAGUGGAAACUGUAGAGGGUGGCGGUUUGAUUAUAUUGUUGUUGAAAACAUUGAAUUCUUUGAAACAAUUGUACACCAUGAGUAUGGAUGUGCACAAACGUUUCCGUACCGAGGCUCAUCAAACGGUGACAUGUCGUUUUAAUGAACGUCUUAUAUUGUCUUUGGCCGAUUGUAAACGUUGUUUGGUGGUCAAUGAUGAUUUAACUGUUUUACCCCUAAGUUCAAAGACAGCGAAUGUUGUUCCGGUUAAUCCUGCUGAAAUCACCAAGUCUGAAAAUAACGAUCUGCUGGUGGAAUUGAAGGAGAGCUUACGUGACACUCCCCCAGCGGGACCUCUUGUAAAUCUAUGUAAAACAUAUGACCAAGCCAAGGCAGUGGCCCAGUUCAUUGAUGCUUUGGCCGAAAAACAACUAAAACCACCCACUUCUUUGACCGCUGCUCGUGGUCGCGGUAAAUCUGCCGCCAUGGGUCUUUCAAUUGCCGCUGCGGUAGCUUUCGGUUAUGUCAAUAUCUAUGUGACUUCACCCCAUCCAGAGAAUUUAAUUACUCUCUUCGAAUUCGUAUUAAAAGGCUUCGAUGCUUUGGAAUAUCAGGAACAUACUGACUAUACAAUUAUACGUUCGACCAAUCCAGAUUAUAAGAAAGCCAUUAUACGCAUUAAUAUUACCCGUUCCAAUCGCCAAACGAUUCAAUAUAUUGCACCCAAUGAUACACAUCUGUUGAAUGCUGCUGAUCUUUUGUUGAUUGAUGAGGCAGCUGCCAUUCCUUUGCCGUUGGUAAAGAAAAUGAUUGGACCCUACUUGAUAUUUAUGGCUUCCACAAUUAAUGGUUAUGAGGGUACGGGAAGAUCGCUUAGUUUGAAGCUGAUUUCACAAUUGCAAAAGGAAAAUUCAGCACCACCGCCGAUUAAACUCGAUGAGUCCAUCCGUUACACGCAAGGUGAUGACAUUGAGAGCUGGCUUAUUAAUUUACUUUGUCUGGAUGCCACCAGUACUGUGCCAAAUAUCAGUUCAGGUUGUCCCACACCUGAUGCAUGUGAACUGUACUACAUUGAUCGUGAUGCCUUGUUUUCAUAUCACAAGGCAGCUGAAUCAUUUUUACAUCGAUUGGUUUCGAUCUAUGUUUCAUCCCAUUACAAGAACAGUCCCAAUGAUCUGCAAAUGAUGAGUGAUGCACCAGCCCAUCAUUUAUUCUGUCUACUGGGUCCCAUUCAACGUAAAGAUCAAUUACCAGAAAUUUUGGUAGUUAUCCAAGUGGCUUUGGAAGGUGAAAUAUCUUCACAUACCAUUACUGAUUCUUUGGGCAGGGGUAAGAAAGCUAGUGGUGAUUUAAUACCUUGGAAUGUUUCGGAACAGUAUGGUGAUCGAGAAUUCCCUAAAUUGGCUGGUGUGAGAGUAGUGCGCGUUGCUACACAUCCUAACUAUCAAAGGAUGGGCUAUGGUAAAAGAGCUUUAAAAUUGUUGAAAGAUUACUAUGGAGGCAAAUUUACAGAUUUAAAUGAAAACAAUGGUCUCAAUGAAGACAAUGGUAUCGAAGAAGUUGAGGAGGAAGAUGUUGGUUUGCUCAAAGAACAAAUACGUCCUAGACGUAAAAUACCCACCCUUUUGAAACGUUUAAAUGAACGUUUACCCGAAAACAUAGACUACUUGGGUACCUCAUAUGGUCUGACACAGGAGCUAUUGAAAUUCUGGAAGAAUUUAGGUUAUGUUCCUGUCUAUCUCAGCCAGAAAGCCAAUGAUUUGACUGGUGAACAUUCUUGCAUUAUGUUACACACGCUAGACAAAUCAGGAAGCCUUACAGAAAAAGUCAGUGCCGAAUGGCUUAGCUUAUAUUUCAAUGACUUUAGGCGUCGUGUUCUAAAACUUUUGGGUAAAACCUUUAGAGAAUUCCCCACCAGUUUGGCACUCUCUUUGCUCGACAACAAAUGGGUAAAGCUACAGCAGGAGGAACUUAAUAAACAAGUUUUGGACGCCUAUUUCCUGCCACAUGAUUUGCAACGUUUGGAGUCAUAUUCCCGCAAUCAAAUUGAAUAUCGUUUAAUAUUGGAUCUUACCUCCGAUAUUAGUUAUUUAUAUUUCCAAGGUAAAAUAUCUGAACUGCAAAUUGAUACACUACAAAAGGCAAUAUUAUUGGCAAUUGGUGUGCAAGGUAAAACCGUUGAUGGCAUUGCCGAAGAGCUGAAUAUGCCAGGCAAUCAAAUAUUGGCCAAAUUCUAUGAUUUAAUUAAAAAAUCAUCGAAAUAUUUCUCCAAUGUUAUUGAGGGUCACAUUGAGAGUACCAUGAUUAGUGAAACUAAAUUAAAGCGGGGCGAUGAUUUUGAACCCAUUUCAUUAUCGCUCAAUGAAGAACUUGAAGAGACUGCCAAACAAAUAACAAAGAAACAAAAAGACGAUUUGAAACGUUUGAAAAUGGAAAGUCUCAAAGAGUUCGCGAUCAAGGGAAGUGAUGAGGAUUGGUCUAAGGCAUUGUCGGGCAAAGAUGGCAAACCAAAGUUAAUAUCUGUUAAAAGUGGCGUAAAACGUUUAGAUGAACCCUUGGAGGCACUAAAAUCGGACAAUGAACCCAAAAAGAAGAAAAUGAAAUUUGGCAAAAAACUUAAAAAUAAAUCUGUAAUUUAGUUUCUAUAUAAAUUGUUUUAUAUUAAUGUAUUUUAAUGUAUACUUUUUGUAGUUUUACAAAUGAAGAUAAAACACAAUAUAUAAGAAAAUUAGUUUUUUAA